AUGCUCAAAGCCUUCGACUUCGUCGACGAGAGCCUCUAUCCCAAUAAAAUACCUUUGGUAUAUGCUGAACAAUGUCGUGGUUCUUUUGAACUUCCUGCCGCAUACCUAGCAGAAGACUAUAUCCCCGAUGAUCUCACUUUUGAAUUUUCUAAUGCCUACAAAGUGGCAGAUGAUAAGGCAAUUGUCACCAUCAGUAUGUAUACUUCAUCAGAUACUCCUGAAUUUUCGGAUUUGGAGGAGAUGAAAAUUAUUGGUUUGCCUUCUCCAGAUUCUACCGAUCUCAUGUACAGAGAUAAGACUCCGUUUGUUGAUUACAUACCGAGCCAAAACGUUUGGGUUUGGACGGCCACCAUUAUUACUGGUUUGGACCUAAAUGCUGAUAAUUAUUACUGUCUUGAAAAUUUCCAGGUCCAGUAUGAUUGGUAUACUGAGACUUCUUCUUACGACUUCGAUGUUACUUGUGCCCCUCAAGGAGAUUUCAUUGUUCCGUGCUAUCAGCUAGGAACCUCUAGUUCUGCAAGCUCUGUGAGCUCCUCAAGUUCUUCGAGUUCUUUGAGUACUUCAAGUACUUUAAGCACUUCGAGUACUUCAACUACUCCAAGUACUUCCAGCACUUCACAUCAUCCAACCACACCGAGUACCUCGACUACCUCGACUACCUCGACUACUUCACAUCACCCAACCACAUCGAGUACUUCAAGUACCUCGACUACCUCGACUACUUCACAUCACCCAACCACUUCAAGUACCUCGACUACCUCGACUACUUCCUGUUCCUCAACUACCUCGACUACUUCACAUCAUCCAACCACCUCAACUACCUCGACUACCUCGACUACUUCCUGCUCCUCAACUACCUCGACUACUUCACAUCAUCCAACCACUUCAAGUACUUCCUGUUCCUCAACUACCUCGACUACUUCACAUCAUCCAACCACCUCAAGUACCUCGACUACCUCGACUACUUCCUGCUCCUCAACUACCUCGACUACUUCACAUCACCCAACUACUUCUAGUACCCCAACUACUUCAAGUACCCCAACUACUUCAAGUACCCCAACUACUUCGAGUACCCCAACUACUUCGAGUACCCCAACUACUUCUAGUGUUUCAACUACCUCUAGUGUUCCAACUACUUCUAGUAUUCCAACUACUUCAAGUACCCCAACUACUUCGAUUAUUCCAACUACUUCGAGUACCCCAACUACUUCUAGUGCCCCAACUACUUCGAGUAUUCCAACUACUUCUAGUUCUUUGAGUUCUUCUAGUAUUCCAACUACUUCUAGUAUUCCAACUACUUCGAGUACCCCAACUACUUCAAGUACCCCAACUACUUCAAGUACCCCAACUACCUCGAGUAUUCCAACUACCUCUAGUUCUUUGGGUCCUUCUAGUAUUCCAACUACUUCGAGUAUCCCAACUACUUCUAGUUCUUUGAGUUCUUCUAGUUCUUCUAGUAUUCCAACUACUUCUAGUUCUUUGAGUUCUUCUAGCACUUCGAGUACUCCAUCUACUUCAAGUAUUCCAACUACUCCAACUACCUUGACUACUUCGACAACUACAGGUAAUUCAAGUACCUUGACUAUCCCAGUUACCUCAACCACCUCAUUAGACACUAUUUCCAGAACGGCAACUUCAAGUUCUUCAAUAUUGGGAUCAACUAGUACUCCUACUACUUAUUCCGUUACCACCGCUUCUGAAGUUGCUUCUUCUUCAGCCAGCACUGCCACGCUAAAGACUCCGAUUAUUAGUGAAGCGUCAUUUGCAACUUUGGCAACCAUUGUAACUUCUUAUACAACCGCGAUUGAGACGGUUACCUGCACCGAACUCAUUUGCACCACCUUAACUACCUCAGUCGAAACAACUGCAGCAUUUGUGUUUAUAAAGCCUUCUGCAGCUGCUGGUAACUCUCCAGCCGCUGUCUCCACAGCUGUUGUUGGCUACAUCGAGUAUACUACCACCGGUUGUGAAGCUAAUCUUUGCUCUGCUGUCCCAACUCAAGCCGUCGCUACUGCUACGCUUCCAUAUUCUGCUGUUUAUGAGGGAACACUAGAAGCUACAGUUACCCCAGUGGCUGUCAGUUUAUCUAGUUCACCAGCUUCUGCUUCCUCCGCAAGCCUCUAUUCCUCGAGUUCCUCUAUUUCCACUCAAUAUAUCUCCGAGCUUGAAGGUAGAGCCAACAGAUUGAAGUUUGGACUUACCGGAUUAGCAGUUGUUAUAGCUAACUUUGUGGCUUUACUUAUUUGA